AUGAGUCUUUGGGAAGGUAACAGAAUUAAGGAUAUUAACGAAGCUGAUUUCGGUAGAAAGGAAAUUGAAAUCGCUGAAGUUGAAAUGCCUGGUUUGAUGGCUUGCAGAGAAGAAUUCGGACCCAGCCAAAUUUUGAAGGGUGCUAGAAUUACUGGUUCUUUACAUAUGACCAUCUAAACUGCUGUCCUCAUCGAAACCUUACACAAGUUGGGUGCUGACCUCAGAUGGUGCUCUUGCAACAUUUUCUCCACUCAAGAUCACGCUGCUGCCGCUAUUGCUAAGGCUGGUUCUGCUAAGGUCUUCGCCUGGAAGGGUGAAAACCUCCAAGAAUAUUGGGAACUCACCUUUGAAGCUUUGAACUUCCCUAAUAACCAAGGUCCUACCAUCCUCGUCGAUGAUGGUGGUGAUGCCACUAUGAUGAUCUUAGAAGGUGCUAAGUGGGAAAAGAUCUACGAAGAAAGAAAGGAAUUACCCGAUCCCGCUAGAUACGAAACUGAAGAUGAAAAGAACCUCUACGCUGUCCUCAAGAGAACCAUCCCUGAAGAUCCUACCAGAUGGAGAAGAUGCAUCAAGGACUUAGCUGGUGUUUCUGAAGAAACCACCACCGGUGUCCACAGACUCUACCAAAUCGCCAAGAAGGGUGAACUCCCCUUCCCCGCCAUCAACGUUAACGACUCUGUCACCAAGUCUAAGUUCGAUAACGUCUAUGGUUGCAGACACUCUCUCCCCGAUGGUAUCUUCAGAGCCACUGAUGUUAUGAUUGCUGGUAAGAAGGUCGUUAUCUGCGGUUUUGGUGAUGUCGGUAAAGGUUGCGCUGAAGCUAUGGUUGGAUGCGGUGCUAGAGUCUACGUUACUGAAAUCGAUCCCAUCUGUGCCUUACAAGCUUGCAUGAAGGGUCUCUAAGUCGUUAGACUUGAAUCCGUCCUCAAGGAAGCUGAUAUCUUCAUUACCACCACUGGUAACAAGAACAUCAUCAUGGCUGAACACAUGGCUUAAAUGAAGAACAACGCCAUCGUCGGUAACAUUGGUCACUUCGAUAACGAAAUCGACUACCACGGUCUCUGCAACUGGCCUGAAAUCAAGAAGGUUGAAAUCAAGCCUUAAGUCGAAAGAUUCUAAUUCCCCGAUGGUCACGGUGUUAUCAUGUUAGCUCAAGGUAGACUCCUCAACUUAGGUUGUGCCACUGGUCACCCUUCUUUCGUUAUGUCUAACUCUUUCACUAACUAAACCCUCGCUUAAAUCGAACUAUGGACCAACAGAAACACUGGUAAAUACAAAAACGAAGUUUACAAGCUCCCCAAGGAACUCGACGAAAAGGUCGCUAGACUCCACUUGAAGUCUCUUGGUGCUGAACUCACUGUUCUCUCUAAGGAACAAGCUGACUACAUUCACGUUCCCGUUGAAGGUCCUUACAAGAACGAAGACUACAAAUAUUGA